UCGUUGAAUUAUAAAUUGUUGGGAUAGGGAGAUUUUGACGUGCGGACAUUCCUUGAAAUUGCAAUCAGAUAUUACUAAAUCGCGUCAUUUGUUUCGUAAAUAAUAUAAUUGUGCAAUCGGGCAUAUCCAAUAAUCAAAACGCGAAAUUAACAAGGCCAAAAGCGCAGCUUGAGAAACAUCCAGUGAGUUGCGCAGUAUAAAUAAUUAUAAAUUAAGGAGCGCUUGUCGUUGUACAACAGUGCAGCAUCGAAUCGUGUGCAACUUGUAUCUGAUCUGACAUUUUUCGAACUUUCAUCAUUUAUAUCGACGUUAUGGCCAUCUGGCAUCAAUUUUUAUCACCAAUAUGUAUCCUGUAUUGUGCUGCGGUAAUUCACGGCAUAUUAUUGGAUAUAAAUGAUGAUGAAAUCUGUAACCUGCUAUGCAAACAAUGUAACGGUACUUCUGCAGUAAUUGCGAAUAGUCAAUGUGAAUGUGAUUUUAAUGACAGUGAUAACGAAGGUGUAAAAUGUAUACAGCGCUUACAGAAAGAUGUUCAAAACUUCGAUUUAAAUGCACUCUCCAAUGAUCUCACAGAUGAAAAACGAAACAUGCGCUCUUUGAAAUCCAAACAUCUUCUUGAAACAAGAGAUGCCGAAAGGGUGGCACAAUAUUUUAUCAAUGGUGGGGCAUCGACUGGUCAUUCUCAUUUUGUCGGGGUAGCUUUGUCUAAUGCAGCUCGCGAUAAUAAUAAUUCUACGACAAAUUCACUUUUGGAGACGGCUCGUGAAAGUAAUAUUGAAAACGAAUUCCAUCUUCCAUCACGUAUCAGUCCCAUUUCCGGAAGUACAUACAAGUCAUACGAUUUUCCGUUGUUUGUAGGACCAGAAGCGACACCGACGAUACCGGAUCCAAAUAUACCCGGCACAAAAGCAGAAGCCUCAAUGCUAGAAAUGGAACCAGUUCACUAUCCCGUGAAUAGAUUGUAUGCAUCAAGUCCAGUAUUGUAUUCGAUGGCCCUUCCACACAGAAGACAUAGAUACAAAUUGCCAAACCAUGCUUUAUCACGAAUGGUUGUUGGAUCACCGCAUAUUGUGCGCAAUUUAAUCGCACAUCGUUACUUUCACCACCCUAUAUAUCGUGGUCUCCUCAACAAGAACUUUUAUCUAUUGGACGAUAUGUUUCUUGGUCAGGUGCAUAAUUUCAAUCAAACUUCUGAUAACUCACUUACAACUGGAAAUAAUGCAAAUAAACCUAUUGUUGCAAAUACCCCUGAUGCAGGAGCAGAUGUGUUAAAUCAAUCGACGCAAUAUCCCGUUUCUUCGUAUCAAAACACUCCUCAUCAAAGUCCUUUGCUCAAUGUGCUCUAUUCUCCAUUGGACGAGUUUAUUGGCCGAGCUGUUCAGCAUCAUGCGCAACGUAUAAAUUCGGCGUUGUCUUCUGUGCAGAAUCCAAACUCUUAUCCCACGAACGACGAAAAUACUAAACGACAAAACGAAGCGUUAACUGCUGUUACUCAUCAAAAUACUGACACAUCUUGCAAUGACAAGAUAGCAGAGAAGACUGAAGAAAAAUAAUCACACUAGCGUGCUUCAAAAAAAAAAAAAAAGAAGGAAAGGAAAAGACAAAGAAAACGUGGAAAAUGCAACGACUGCAGAAUAUAUAUAGACGUAGUAUAUACUGUCAUUCAAGGCAGUGAGGAGUCCUAAUUUUCGCUAAGAAAAAAGUAACGUGUUACUUUGAAUUAUUCAACUCGUCUUACCAUCAUUCGGCUCAUACAUAUUAACUUUGUGCGCAUACAUCUUGUUUCUUAUGUACAUCAUCUUUUUAUGUAAGUGUAAAAUAGAUAUAGCUUUUGUUUAUGUGUGGAUACAAAAAAAGAAACUGUCAUACAUGAUGCUGGUCUCUGAGAGAUUAGUACGUCAUACAUCUGUGACGCUGAUGGUAUGUCAAAUGAAUAUGUCAAAUUCCUUGAUAUUGUUUUCAAAAAGAUUCUAGACUAAAACGAUGAAUCGUAAUGUAACAAUCAUGUAAUAUAUCAUUUAGCAACUUGUUAAUCGUGUAUUAUUAAAAGCUGUUAAGCAGGAAUUAUAUAAUUUGAUCAAUUAUUCUACCUCUUCAAACUAUUCAAUCUUCAAAUGUGAUAGGAUACGUAAACAUAACAUUUCCAAUUCAUCACACCUAUCACUAACUAUAACAGUUUGAACCUUAAUUUAAGUUUGACUGUGAAUAGGUUUAAGAUACAGAAUGAUUCAGGACCUCUAUGACAAAUUCUGAGGAAUGAUAGGACUUGCAGAAGAAUGUCAGAUUGCAGUCUCAUCAUAGCAUCUAAACAACGCGUCAGAGAACAUGAGUUGCUUGACAAAAAAUGAUCCCUUCUGCGAGAACUACGUUCUCAGAGUUUGUUUCAGAGGUUCUGAAUCACUCUAUAUAUAUAUAUAUAUAGCAAAUAUUAGUAGUUAAUCUAUCUAAAAUGUUACAUGAAGAGUGUAGCAUCCAGAAAUGUAAGAAUAUAAUAUAUAUACAUGUAUACACAUAUACCACACAUAAAAGUUAUU